AUGGCAUCACUCAGCAGGUCUUGCGAGCCCUCUCCAGAGCGAUUCAAGCACAACAAGGGUGCCACGCUCACUGGCUCUGACCGCGCGCCCUCUCCUAGCGAGAUGUCUUCAGCUGGCGACAGCGACGUUGGUGGCGCUCGUCUCGACACUUUGUCGAUCUGUGACUCGCCUAAAUACACCCCUCCUCAUGCUCGACAUGGUAUUGGAAGCUCUCGUUCUGCCCAGGUGGUUCGUACCGCAGGAAAUGAGUGGGUUACUUCGUUGAUUCCCUUGAGACUUCGUCAGCUCACCAUAUCUAGGUCUCCUACUUGUCGCGUCCGCGCAGAUGAUCGUGACGAUGUGUUCGUCUCUUCGCCUGCCAAGACGCUGAGGGAGCGUCGCUCGGAGCGCUCCAUUAUGACGGGCAAAAUGCAGUGUCUUGAUGUCGCCUUGGCCAACGAGGACCAUACUCUCCGAACGCGCGCAUCAAACCUAAACACCCGUCACCAGAUCAAUGGUGUAGAUGCCCAGAAUCUUCUUCCUGAGCCCAGGGAUGACACUGCACUCGAGGCGGCCAUCUACGGGGAGUUCAAUAAGUAUGGAAAGUGUUGGGUCAAGAUUCGCCGCGACUCUCAUCACAUGCCCUUCGCCUUUGUCCAGUUCACGUCGGAUGAGGAGGCGCGAAGUGCCCUAGAGAGUGGCAAGGGCGCAAUCAUCUACGGUCGCCCAUGCCGUACCGAGAUGGUCAAGGCCAACCGCACCUUCAUCGUCCAGAAGAAGUCGGGUGCGCCCAUCACCGUCGACGAGGUUACGAACACCCUACUACCUUACGGCUCACUGAGCAAGUGUGAGAUUCUCUCCCCUCAGCUCCGAGAGCCCCUGGGAUUUCCGCCUACAGUUUUGGUCGAGUUCUCUAUGUUCGAUGCCACUCGAGACCUUCACACGGCGUUCCGCCACGAUCCUGUCUACACAGUGACUGCUUUCGAUUUAAAGAAGAAUUGCGUGGCCACUCGCGACAGCGGCGAUGAGGCUUUCCUUGCAGCGUGCGAGCGGGACCGUCGCUCCGCGUUCGUUGGAGACUUGCCAGCUCAUGUGACCCAGGGCGAUCUUGAGGAUCUAUUCGCAACGGCUGGAGAGGUUCUCAAGGUCAAUAUCAUCCAGAAGCCGAGCAACUCUGGUAUGGUGCGAACUAUGGCAUUCAUUGAGUACUCUCAGCCGGACAUGCCCGAGCUCGCAAUCAGCAAGUUUCACGGCAGCGUGCUCAAGGGAGCCGUUAUCCGAGUUGAGCGCAAGUCUGUCAAAGAGCGCGGACCUACCCCUCGUCAUUCUCGGUCUCAGCUCUUAAUUCGCCAGCCAGAUGAUUCACCCAUUGCCCGCGGACCACCCAAGUCUCCUGUUGUACAGAUUGUCAGCACCCCGACUCGCCCGAACGCUACUUCGACUGAAAUGUCUCCUGCGCCUGUUCCUCCUCCCAUGUACGGCGGAUGGGGCUAUGGCAUGCCAAACUCGCCUUACGCGCAGCAACAUUACGCAGCCGGUUAUGGCUCUCAGCCAGGCGCUUCAGGCAUGCCUAUGACGCCUCAGACGACCCCUCAGAUGUCCAGCCCUUGGACGUACUACCACAGCUAUUGGCCUGGCAUGAUGGGUUACGAUCCGUCGCCCUUCUACAUGAGCCCCUACGCGUUCCAGUCGCCCACUCCCAUGACGGGCAACCGUACUGAGGACACCAAGGGCCAGUCGACUCCCACUCGCAAUGGCCAUGUUGCCGCCAACAAUGUCAACGGCAAUGGUCACCAGGAGGACUAA